GGCCGCGGCUGGCUGCAGUCCAGCGACCACAUCCAGACGUCCUCGCUGUGGUGGAGAUGCUUCCACGAGGGCGGCGGCAGCGGCUCCUACGACGAUGGCUGCCAGAGCCUCAUGGAGUACGGUGACGUGGGGAAGAGCAGCCGCUGCCAUGCUCUUCUGCGGCUUCAUCAUCCUGGUCAUCUGUUUCAUCCUCUCCUUCUUUGCCCUCUGUGGGCCGCAGAUGCUCGUCUUCCUAAGAGUGAUUGGAGGCCUCCUUGCCCUGGCUGCUGUGUUUCAGAUCAUCUCCCUGGUCAUCUACCCGGUGAAGUACACACAGACCUUCAACCUUCAUGCCAACCCUGCUGUCACUUACAUCUAUAACUGGGCCUAUGGCUUCGGGUGGGCGGCCACGAUUAUCCUGAUUGGCUGUGCCUUCUUCUUCUGCUGCCUCCCCAACUACGAAGAUGACCUUCUGGGCAAUGCCAAGCCCAGGUAUUUCUACAGCUCCGCCUAAGGCGGGGGAGAUGAGAGCAGAAGAAAAUCCCUGCUGCCCAGAUGGAUUUCAGAGGAAGAAACUUGGAACCUAUUUUGCGCCACUGUUUUUCUUACGAAAUUAGUCCAAAAUGCUAAAAUCAUUUGGUAGAAAAUGUUUCUUACAUGUGUUACAGUUUCAUAUUCAUCUUUUAUGUAUGUUUUGUGGAGUUAAGUAAGACUUGUUUCUUUUCACUAACGACUUGUACUAUGCCACUAUUUCCUUAUAUCAGUCCAUAAUAUUCAUACUAUAUUUAUAAGAGAAUAUGAACAUGCAACUUAACACUUUUUUACGGUAAAAAUGAGAAUACUUCCAAGAUUUAACAACUGGAUUAAGUUUUUGUUAUUUCCAGAUAGAACGGCCUGAGUCUAUGAAGGGCUAAGGAGAAGAGGGAGAUAUUGAUUGGUAGAAAUUGUCAGAUCAGCUGGGCUCGGUGGCUCAGCCUGUAAUCCCA